CAGUUGUUUAUUUCUUUAUAAAGACGGGCGGAUUUUCACUCUCAAGUAAUAUACGCACCAAAGAGCGCGUGAAUGUGGUCCUAGCAAGUCCGCAUUAAAGACAACGCAACACGAAUGUUUCGUCAUGGUCAUCCUCUCUGGGAUUAUAGGACUAACCACAUGGAAACGGCCAAUGCUUCUGCUGGUAAAUCUGUUUGUAUUGCUGUCAGUGGUCUGUAUCCUGCUAAACCUGGCAGGCUUCAUCCUCUGCUGUCAGGGGGCUCAGCUGGUCUCCAGUACCAUUAACUGCCAGCUGAAUGAGAAAGGUGAUCUCUGUUACUGUUGUUCAGAGAUUCCAAGCACACAGUGUCAAGGGGACAAGUUGAUUGAGAUCUACGCAGGUCAUGCAUGUGGCACAAUGAGAAUUCUGCUCAAGAAAGUGCUGUUUGCGUUGUGUGCGCUGAAUGCUUUGGCCACAGCUGUGUGUCUGGUGGCUGCUGCACUCAGAUAUCUCCAGAUCUUCUCAACCAGACGGCCCUGCAUGGAAGAGGCCAGGCCUGUUCCAGAGGAAGUGGAGGAGCAGACUCAUCUUCCUGACCCUGACGAAUUUGUCGCUCCGGCACCUCCUCCUUCAUACUUCUCCACCUUCUGCUCUUACACCCCACGCCUGGCUCGCAGGAUGUUUGGUGAUGGUAUGAUUCCUCUUCCUCAUAUAUAUGGUGCCAGAAUUAAAGGAGUGGAGGUCUUCUGUCCUCUAGACCCUCCUCCACCUUAUGAAGCUGUUGCAUCAAACCCAGCAGCACAGGCCCAGAAUACGGAGGUGCAAAUGACCGAUCUGACUGAGGUCCUGACAGAGAGUGCAGAGGCAGAGACGCCCAGUGAUGACAGGUGCCGUCAGACGGCCAUAUUGAGCCCCACACCCCCGGCACAGUCCAGACAGCCUCACAGUGCAGUCUCCUCCAGCAGAAAAGCUCACAGACCUCGCCUCCGCAGGUCCAACAGCGACCCCGUCCUGCUAGACCUGACCGCCAAAGUAAUGAGUUGUGAAGCAGCUACACAGACAGAAUUAGGUCCUGGUUCGGCUCCUGCUCCAGGCUCAGUGACUGUAACGGAGCAUGGGACGGUUACACUACGACAGGGCCAUGGCAAACGCAAGCCUCGUCCCAACUCUAUGGUGGACUACCAGAGCUAUAGAGACACAAAACUGCUGGUGGCCCGUUUUCUGGAGCAGUCCUCCUGCAGCUUGACCCCUGAGGUACAGGAGCUGGUCAACAGCAUCAAAACCGUGCUGCGCUCUGAUGAGGAGCACAUGGAGGAGGCCGUUCGCUGCGCCAGCUUCAUUGACCAGGCCAUUACAGUUUCAGAGGUUGCACCAGCACAGUCCACCCUCCGUAGGCAGACACAGAUGGAGCUGCCGCUGCGCAAGCGUCCGGGCAUCCUUCACCUGCGCAGCUGUGGCGACCUCAGCUCCUUCACAUGGGCACAGCUGCAGGCCGGGCCGGAGCACAGGACAGGUUCCCAUUCUGGAACUAACUCCAGAAUGGGUUCUCGGGCUGGAUCCCGUCGCAUGGGACAGGAGCGUCCACACAGCCUUAUAGGAGUCUUCCGAGAAACUGUCAUCUGAGUGACGUCUCAAACUGACUGUUAACCGAGGAAAUAGACUGUUUCAGCUGAAGGUUAUAGUGAACAUCACAACAUGAAGGAAGCUAAGCUUUGUAUAAAGUACAGAUGAGUACAGAUCACUUCGUUUUUAAAACAUCUGUUUUUGUUGUCAGUGUGUGUACUGAAUAUUAUUCAUUUUUAACUUUUUCAGUUGGAGCUGUUGGGAUUUACUGAUGUUUCUUUUUCUUUUUUCACAUUAUGCAUUAUGAUAAAACA